AUGUCUUCCUCACCCUCGUACCAGCCAGCCCAGCCGCCUGACUCACCAGUUCAUGACUCGGACUCCGACCUCGAACUUGACGUCCAAGAACUCGACCCUAUAUCUACCGAGCCCACACGAGGCGAGCCAACACAAGAUAGCCAUCAAAAGACUUCCCGCAUAGCCCUGCGUAACUUGCGUAUGGGUGGAUUGCGCCGCGCCAGCAAGCGAGGCCAGGGCUAUGGCAACCUGGGCCAGGAUCGCCGGGACUGGGACGAUGAUACCCAGGGCCUCCUGGCUGACCAGGAUGCCACACGCGGCCGGUACUUGGAUCCUGGUCCGAACGACGAUGAUCAGCCUCUUCUAGGGGACCCGAGCUCUCAACGUCGCCGGCCCUCGUCUUCGCACAGCUCGCGUAUCCGCCUGCCCAGCUUCAUGUCUGGCUCUAAGAAGCCGGCCGACGACGAAGAAGCCGAUAACCAGCCCGACGAUCCAUCCUCAUCUCGCCAUGUCGCCGUCGGGUCUGAUCAAGCCACAAAGUUCCCCAACAACAUUGUCUCCAACGCCAAAUACACGGCAUUCACCUUCCUUCCCAUCACCCUAUACAACGAAUUCUCCUUCUUCUUCAACAUGUACUUCCUUCUGGUUGCCUUGUCGCAGGCCAUUCCUGCAUUGAGGAUUGGCUAUCUGUCGACGUACAUUGCUCCGCUGGCCUUUGUCCUCAUGAUCACCAUGGGCAAGGAGGCUUUCGACGACAUCAGCCGACGCCAACGAGACACUGAGGCCAACUCGGAAGAAUACACAGUUCUCGAGUUUUACGAGCCCGGAACGCCCGCUUCGUCCAUACGCCCGCGGCGCCAGUUGAAGUCUGAGUCGCUGAGUCGAAAGUCGAGAAGGAACCGAGGCAGCCGCCAGAACUUGACCGACAUCCAGGAGGAGAAUGGCGAAGACGGCUACCAGCCAGCAUCAUUCGUCCAGGAGCUCAGCCGCAAGUCCAAGGACUUGAAGGUUGGCAACGUGCUGAAGCUAACCAAGGGCCAGCGUAUCCCUGCCGACGUCGUCAUACUGCAGUGCUACUCGUCUGACGGCAUAGUCACUGCCCCCUCCACCCCCGCCAUCAAAGGGCCCGCCGAGGAAGAAUCCCUCCUGACACUCGACGACGCGGAUGCCAGUCUCAACGCCAAAGGGAAGGCGCCAGAUAUUGGAUCUCCCAAAGAUGACAACCAGGGCUCUGUCGGCGAGACCUUUAUCCGUACUGAUCAGCUUGACGGCGAGACGGACUGGAAACUGCGUCUUGCAUCGCCCUUGACCCAGAACAUACCCCAAGAGGAGUUCGUGAGGCUCCGCGUCACUGGAGGAAAGCCCGACAAGAAGGUCAAUGAGUUCUUCGGAACCGUCGAGCUCCUCCCUUCUAGGCAAGACGCGCUGAGCACUCAGCCUACGCUGCAGACUGACGGAGACAGCACCAAUUCCUUUGGCUUGUCCAUCGACAACACUGCCUGGGCCAAUACCGUCAUCGCAUCGCAGGCAACCACCCUCGCAGUCAUCAUGUACACAGGACCGCAGACACGGUCGGCUCUGUCAACCGCCCCAUCGCGUUCCAAGACGGGCCUUCUCGAGUAUGAGAUCAACUCGCUGACCAAGAUUCUCUGCGGUCUUACCCUGGCUCUUUCGAUCAUCCUGGUGGCCCUGGAGGGGUUUGAGAACACAAAAGGCAACGUGUGGUACAUUAAGAUUAUGCGCUUCUUGGUUCUCUUCUCCACAAUCGUGCCUAUCAGUCUGCGAGUCAAUCUCGAUCUCGGCAAAACUGUCUAUUCUCGGUUCAUCCAGCGCGAUCCCGACAUACCGGGAGCGGUGGUCCGAACCAGCACCAUCCCAGAGGAUCUUGGGCGUAUCGAAUACCUGCUCAGCGACAAAACUGGAACCCUCACCCAGAAUGAGAUGGAGAUGAAGAAGAUUCACGUGGGAACUGUGUCGUACGCAAACGAGGCAAUGGAGGAGGUUGGCUCCUAUGUCCGCCAAGGCUUCCACGUUUCGUCAUCGUCAGACCCGGCGGCCCAAACCACGCUCAUUACCCCAUCGUCAACAUUCGCCACGGCAGCCAAUGUGGGUGCUACUCGUACAAGGAGGGAGAUUGGUUCUCGAGUGCGAGACGUCGUACUCGCCCUAGCUCUGUGCCAUAACGUUACGCCCACCGUCGAUGUCGAGGAUGGACAUGAGGUCACGUCCUACCAGGCUUCCUCCCCGGAUGAGAUUGCCAUUGUCCGCUGGACUGAGUCAGUCGGACUCCGGCUUGUCAACCGAGACCGCACAAGUAUGGUUCUGGAGGCUACCGACACCGGCAGGCCAGUUGUCCGUGUUCGUAUCCUGGACGUUUUCCCCUUUACAUCUGAUGGCAAGCGUAUGGGUAUCAUUGUUCACUUCCACACCGACGUAAAGCAGACGAAGCCAGACCUCGAAAGCGGCGAAAUCUGGUUCUUCCAGAAGGGUGCAGACACGGUCAUGGGAUCCAUCGUCGCGGCCAACGACUGGCUCGACGAGGAAACGGCGAACAUGGCUCGUGAAGGCUUGCGAACGCUGGUAGUGGGCCGCAAGAGACUGUCGGUGCAGCAGUACCAGGAGUUCUCGGCCGAGCAUCGAGAGGCUUCUCUCUCCAUCAGCGGGCGUGACGCCGGCAUGCAGCGGGUUGUGUCUCGUUUCCUGGAGAACGACGUGGAGCUGCUCGGUGUCACGGGCGUGGAGGAUAAGCUUCAGAAGGAUGUCAAGCCGUCGCUGGAGCUGCUGCGCAACGCCGGCAUCAAGAUCUGGAUGCUGACGGGCGACAAGGUGGAGACGGCGCGAUGUGUAGCCGUGAGCUCCAAGCUUGUCUCUAGAGGACAGUACAUCUACACGGUGGCCAAGAUGCAGAAGAAGGAGAACGCCCAGGAUCAUCUGGAUUUCCUGAGGAGCAAGACGGACGCCUGCCUUUUGAUUGACGGAGAAAGCCUGGCGCUCUUCCUCAAGCACUUCCGCAAAGACUUCAUCUCGGUUGCCGUCACACUCCCCACCGUGGUGGCAUCGCGAUGCUCUCCCACUCAAAAGGCCGAGGUGGCCUUGCUCAUCAAGGAGUUCACCAAGAAGCGCGUCUGCUGCAUCGGCGAUGGAGGAAACGACGUUUCCAUGAUUCAGGCCGCCGACGUCGGCGUCGGCAUUGUCGGCAAGGAGGGUCGCCAGGCGAGUCUGGCAGCCGAUUUCUCGAUUGAGCACUUCUGCCACCUGGUCAAGCUUCUUGUAUGGCACGGCCGCAACAGUUACAAGCGGAGUGCCAAGCUGGCCCAAUUCGUGAUCCACCGCGGUCUCAUCAUUGCCGUGUGCCAGACCAUGUACAGCAUCGCUCUCAAGUUUGAACCAGAGGGUUUGUAUAAAGACUGGCUCCUCGUCGGAUACGCCACCAUCUACACCGCGGCCCCUGUGAUCUCUCUUGUGCUGGACAAGGAUGUCGACGAGAACCUGGUCAACCUGUACCCUGAACUGUACAAGGAACUCACGUCUGGGCGGUCGCUGUCGUACCGCACCUUUUUCGUCUGGGUCAUGGUGUCCAUCUACCAGGGCGGCAUGAUCCAGGGCCUAUCACAGAUACUGACCGAGGUGGACAGCCCGAAGAUGGUGGCUGUCAGUUACACGGUCCUUGUGUUUAACGAGCUGAUCAUGGUGGCUAUCGAGAUCACUACGUGGCACCCCGUCAUGAUCAUGAGCAUCCUCGGCACCUUGAUCUUGUACCUAGGUUCCCUGCCAUUCCUUGGAGGAUAUUUCGACCUCGAAUUUGUUGUUACCUGGGGGUUUGUCUGGCGAGUUGCGGCCAUUGCUGCUGUUGCCUUGAUUCCACCGUAUCUGGCCAAGAUUAUCAGCAGGACUAUGAAGCCGCCCUCUUACAGAAAGGUACAGAGCACGUGA